UUACCAGAUUCUCUGAUGAAAUAUCAGUUUGGGAGAUAGAGGAUAAUUCUUUAGUUUCUGCAAGUUCAAAAAACCGUGAAAAGGCAAUAGAUUUUGUCGGGAAGUUGGAGGCGGUUGGAGGAACUAACAUUAAUGAUGCUCUAGUUCAGGCUUUGAAAAUUGUAACACACAUUAAACAAAAAGGAGUUCUUGAUGGGGUGCAAUCCAUGAUUUUCUUCCUAACUGACGGUCAUCCAACCCAGGGGGUUACCGAUACAGUCCAGAUUUUAGAGAAUGUUCGGGAAGCCAAUAAAGACACGAAAGCAGCAAUAUUUAGUUUAGCAUUUGGCAUGCACACAGAUUUUGGAAUGCUGAAAACUUUAUCUGUUCAGAACUAUGGUUUUGCAAGGAAGAUUUAUACUGCAUCAGAUGCAAGUCUUCAACUUGAAGGAUUAUAUAAAGAGGUUUCCAGUCCCAUACUGUCACAGGUUGAGUUUAACUACUUGGAUUCCUCCCUCUUAACCCAAUCUAUCACUGAAACUGUUUUCCAUACUUUCUACCAGGGAGGAGAAAUGAUAGUUGCUGGUAUACUGGAUGCUGGACAAGAAGAGCAGUUUAUUGAAUAUGAAAUCACUGCAACUCAGAGUUCUGGUCAGUAUAUUCAGUCAGGAAAUAUUGCUGCUGCUGAGAUUGUACCAAUUAGUGAGACUGUUGACACGUAUAUAGAUUUCCUACCUGACACACGGAUUGAGUACAAUUUUCUGGAAAGACUAUGGGCCUAUCUUACAGUGCAGAAUCUGUUCUCUAAACUUUCCAAGGGAGAACUUGUUUCCUGUGUCCAGCCUGGGCCUCUGCCACCAGUUCUAGAUCUAGAGAAAGAGGGAGCUGGGGAUGGCCUUGUCAUCUGUAAUAACCUCGAGAGGGCUCUUUAUCUGUCACUUAGAUACCAGUUUGUGACUCCACUCACCUCCUUGGUGGUUGUGAAGCCAGACCGGGCCGAGAACGGUGAUAUCGGGGAAGCAGACCGGUUUCAGGACAAGCUCAGUAUCCUGUCCGGAACACCUAGCACUCUAUACCUGUACAGAAGUACACUUGUAUUUGUAGCCUUUCUCUAUGUACUGUAUUAGGACUAAACAUUACUAAUUUUAGAUGAAAAGUACAUUACAUUUAGAGCUGCAUGUUCUUAGCUUACAGAUUGAAAUUCGCCUGUAAAAUUACAUUAAUAAAGGGAUUGUAAGCGUAAUUUCAUUGUACCCCUCCAAGUAAAGAUAGCAAUGCCCGAUUUACAAUGGAACCAUUGAAAUCUUAAUCUGGUCCAAUUGUGGAAGAUAAUAUCGUUUUUCUGACUCUUUAAAUUUCUGCAGCUUGUUUCUUAUAAGCGAUUGAAAUGUGCAACUCACUUUUGCAGAAAACAAGAAAUGAAAAUAAACAAAAUCAUCAAAUCUAAUUUUUUCUUGUUCAGAUUAAGGUUUCAAGGCCUGGCAUUGUAAAUCGGGCAUUGCCAUCUUUGCAUGGAGGGUCACUUGAAAUUUCGCAUACAGUCCUUUUAAAGCAAUUACUAUACUACAGAAUCUUAUGCUUAAUUAUUUUUUAAAGUUGUCUUCAUAAUCGACCUGUAGUGAAUGCAUAUAACUUAAAAGAUUUGAUUUGCCACACUUUUAGAUCUUUGUAUCAUUUGAUCUAUAAAAAUGUGACUCUAUUUACUAUAUAUAUUUUGACGAAUGAGGGAUUAGAAUUAUACCUUUUAAGACAUUACUUAGUAAUAAGCUUGUGAGCAUACAAUUUUACGAACUAGAAAUGCGCAAAAUACAUCAACUUUAAACUAUACCCCAUGUAAAAUGUAAGUGGGGGGGGGCUGCCUUGCUUCCUCUGUGAAAACGUCCCUGUUUUAACUUUAAUUGUUG